UGAAACGGAAAAUAAAUAGGUGACAUGUCACAUGUACUUGGUAGGCUACACUACAGCUAGAUAGCUAGCACGCUAGCUACAUGCGCUGUGGUCACAUCUAUGAACACGCAGCUUGCUACUUUUCUGCCGCCGAAACGAUACGCAGCGCUUACGUGUCGACGUAAACACGUGCGGGUGCCUGGUUACAGGUUUCUCUUUCUAUUUUUUCUUCCCCAUCCCUCUCGCUCUUUCUCAUUCCCUGACAACAGCAACGAUGGCGGAGCCCGUAGCAUCGGGAGUAUCGGCAACAGACGCAGCAUCCUCAUCUCCCACCCCAGCCCUUUCUCCGGCAGUCAGCCCGGGUUCCGAGCCUCCCUCCAUGGCGCUAUCUCCCUCCGCAGGCGGCUCACAGCGACUCCUUUUCUCUCAUGAUCUGGUGUCCGGUCGGUAUCGUGGUUCGGUCCGGUUCGGCCUUGUCAGAAUGAUCCACGGCGAGGAGGAUUUUGAUUCCGAUUCGGACCUCGAUGGUGAUGGCGGAGGUGGAGGUGGCGGCGGCGGGGGAGGUGGUGGUAUCGCUGGCAGCUCUGACACCGAGAGUGGGGCGGCUGACGCUCGGGCUCGGCCUCUCGGAAGAGGCUAUGUUCGGGUGCAGUGGUACCCUGAAGGAGGAAAGCAAGACAUUCGGGAAACGAAGCUGAAGCUUGAAGAUCGGUCGAUCGUGCCUCGUGACAUUGUCCGUCGGAUGAAUGCAAAUGACAACCAGUGUGGCACAGUGAUUGACAUCAACAUCGAGUGCGCCGUCAAACUGGUGGGGACCAACUGUGUCCUGUACCCUGUCAACAGCAGAGACCUGCAGCACAUCUGGUCCUUUAUGUAUGGAGAUUACAUUGCCUACGACUUCUGGCUGGGAAAGGUGUACGACCUGACCAAUCACAUAAUCCUGAAGCUGUCCAAUGGAGCCAGGUGUUCCAUGAGCGUGGAGGACGGUGCCAAGCUGUACGAUGUCUGCCCCCAUGUCAGCGAUUCGGGUCUCUUCUUCGACGAGGCCUACGGCUUCUACCCCGGCCAGGUGCUGAUCGGGCCUUCCAAAGUGUUCUCCAACGUGCAGUGGCUGUCCGGGGUCAAGCCCGUCCUCAGCAAGAAGAGCAAGUUCCGGGUGGUGGUGGAAGAGGUCCAGGUCGUGGAGCUGAAGGUGACGUGGAUCACGAAGAGCUACUCCCCCAGGGGCACGGACAGCGUGUACCCCCCUCCCUCCACCAUCACGCAGGAGAACCUUUGCAGAGUCAAGCGGCUGGGCUACUACGACCACACCCAGAGGCAGCUGGGCGAGCGGGCCCUGUACGUCUUCCCCGCCAAGGGAGACGCCACCCGCAUCACCUGCGAGGGGCCCGAGGGGGCCCCUGUGCUCCCCGAGGACCCCGUGGCCAGGAAGCUGAAGCGGAUGUUUAAGAAGGACGCGCUGAAGAAGGCCGCGGACGGCGCGGACGGGUCGGCCUCCAGCACGCAGCCGGCGGAGAAGGCAGAGAGCCCCGAGGCCGAGAGGAGCGCGGAGCCCCGGCGGGACGUCGCCGCGGAGACGGGGAAGGCGGGGACGGGACGUCCCAACAACGGGCCGGCGGAGGCGACGGUGGCGGGGGCGGGGGCGGGGCAGCCCCGGCGGGACGGCGCCCCCCCGGAGGCGUGGGCGGAGUCGGGCGAGCAGGACGCCGACGACGAGGGGGCCGAGGACACGGACGACACCAGCUCCAUGACGUCGUCGGCCAGCUCCACCGCGUCCUCGCAGAGCGGCGGCCUGGGCCCCGGGCGCAAGAAGAGCAUCCCGCUCUCCAUCCGCAACCUCAAGAGGAAGCACAAGAAGAAGAGGACCAAGUUCUCCCGCGAGUUCCGGCCCGGAGACCGGGUGGCGGUGGAGGUGGUGUCGACGAAGACCUCGGCGGACGUCAUGUGGAAGGACGGCACCGUGGAGGCCGGCAUCCGCUCCAACGAGCUCAUCCCCAUCCAGCACCUGGACAACUACGAGUUCUGCCCCGGGGACUUCGUGGUGGACAAGCGGCCUCAAGCUCCUCAGGACCCUGGGGUGUACGGGGUGAUCCAGUCUGGGGACCACAAGGGCCGGACCUGCGCUGUGAAGUGGGUCAAACUCAACUGCAGCAGCGACGACGUGGAGGUCAUCGGUGAGGAGGAGGACGUCAGCGUCUACGACAUCGCCGACCACCCGGACUUCCACUUCCGCGCCACCGACAUCGUCAUCAGGAUAUGGAACUCGGAGAACGGGCAGACGGCGGCGGACUGCGAGAACGAGACCUCGGUGGGCCAGGUGUCCAGGGUGGACGUCAGCAGCAAGGUGGAGGUGGUGUGGGCGGAUAACUCCAUGACCAUCGUCCUGCCGCAGCACCUGUACAACGUGGAGUCGGAGAUCGAGGAGACGGACUACGACUCGGUGGAGGAGAGCAGCAGCGGCGCCUCGUCCGAGGAGUGGGAGGACGAGAGCGACAGCUGGGAGACCGACAACGGCGUGAUGGAGGACGAGCACGCGGGCGAGGGGGCGCCCGCGCCAGCGCCAGCGCCAGCGCCCACGCCCACGGGCCCCCCGGAGGAGCAGACCGCGCUGACCGCCGCGGCGGCCGAGGAGCCGGAGCCGGGCGCCGUCGCCGCGGCGACGCUGGCCGGCGGGGGGGCGGGGCCGGGCUCGGAGGAGAAGGCGGGGAAGGAGGGCGCCGCGCGGGGCUUCCGGGAGCUGAAGGAGGCGCUGAAGAUCCUGGAGAGCCUGAAGAACAUGACGGUGGAGCAGCUGUGGACCGGCUCGCCCACCUCCCCCACCGUGGAGCCCGAGAAGCCCACCAAGGAGAAGAGGUUCCUGGACGACUUCAAGAAGCUGCAGGAGAACCUGAAGAAGACCCUGGACAACGUGGCCAUCGUGGAGGAGGAGCGCAUGGAGGCGGCGGGGGAGGCGGAGAAGGAGGAGAAGCCGCAGGAGCCCCAGACGCCCGUGCGCUCGGAGUGGCCCAGCGACACGCCCGUCCUGUGCCAGCAGAGCGGGGGAAAGCCGGGCGUCACCUUCACCAGCGCCAAGGGGGAGGUCUUCUCCGUGCUGGAGUGGGCACCGGAUAGCCACGCCUUCAAGAAGAUGGAGUUCCAGCCGGCGGAGGCCAAGAAGUUCUUCAGCACCGUGAGGAAGGAGAUGGCCCUGCUGGCCACCUCCCUACCCGACGGCAUCAUGGUCAAGACCUUCGAGGAUCGCAUGGACCUCUUCUCGGCGAUGAUCAAAGGCCCGACGCGCACGCCCUACGAGGACGGCCUGUUCCUCUUCGACAUCCAGCUGCCCAACAUCUACCCCGCCGUGCCCCCCCUCUUCCGCUACCUGUCCCAGUGCAGCGGCCGCCUCAACCCCAACCUCUACGACAACGGCAAGGUGUGCGUCAGCCUGCUGGGCACCUGGAUCGGCAAGGGCACAGAGAGGUGGACCAGUAAGUCCAGCCUGCUGCAGGUGCUCAUUUCCAUCCAAGGGCUGAUCCUGGUGAACGAGCCCUACUACAACGAGGCGGGCUUCGACAGCGACCGCGGCCUGCAGGAGGGCUACGAGAACAGCCGCUGCUACAACGAGAUGGCGCUGAUCAAGAUGGUGCAGUCCAUGACGCAGCUGCUGCAGACGCCGGUGGAGGUGUUCCAGCAGGAGAUCCGCGAGCACUUCUGCGGCAGCGGGUGGAGGCUGGUGCACCGCCUGGAGGCCUGGCUGGAGCUGCACGAGGCGGCCGAGCGGGGGCCCGGGGGCCACAGGGAGGGCCACAGGGAGGGCCGGGCCCCCGAGUUCCCCCUGCUGGAGGAGGGGGCGCAGGCGGCGGCCCACAGCAGCCCCGGCCAGCCGGACCCCAGGGGCGGGGAGGAGCUGGAGGACUCGGGCCUGAGCCCCUCCACCACGCUGCAGCAGGACCUGAGCCAGCACUCGGACUGCGACGGGGCGGCGUGGGCGGGGGCCGAGGCGGGGGCGGGGCCCGAGCAGGCCGGGAGGGCUCAGCCGGACUCCGCCGGCGGCGGCGGCGUGGGCGGCGGCCAGCCCGCGGUCAGACCAAAGAAGCGGAGAAAGAGCUACCGCAGCUUCCUGCCGGAGCGCAGCGGCUACCCGGACAUCGGCUUCCCGCUCUUCCCGCUCUCCAAAGGCUUCGUCAAGAGCGUGCGCGGCGUGCUGCUGCACUACCGCGCCGCGCUGGCGGCCAGCGGCCUCGUCGAGCGGCCCGAGGACAAGUGAGGAGCCAACCGCCACGCGCCGCGCCCCCCACGCCCUGCCCCGCCGCCAGCACCUC